CAGAUUACAAUAGUUAAUGAGAAUCUAAAUCUUCAUUCAUAUAUUUUAGAGAGAGAGAGAGAGAGAGAGAACUCCUCUGUUUUUUCUUUGUCUCGUCUGAAAAUUUCUAUUUCUACUUGAUCAGAAAUUAUAUAAUGGCCACCAAACAAGGCCGUAUUCUUCUAUCCAUAUUUGCACUGGUUCUCGCCGGAAAUUUUGGCUCUGGUGUUUCAUAUAACCGGCCACCGCCUCGUGAAAACUUCUAUGUCAAACCAUCUAAAGCUGAUGAUUCCGCUACGCCACAACAGGUGCAUAUAUCAAUGGCUGGUGAAGAUAAAAUUAGAAUAACAUGGAUAACAGACGACCCAGCACCAGCCAUAGUAGAUUAUGGUACAUCUUCUGGAAUGUACAAAAACUCUGCAACUGGGAAUACGUCGUCGUAUCGGUACUUAACAUAUAAGUCAGGUCAAAUUCAUAAUGUAGUGAUUGGUCCACUCAUUCCAAACACUGUUUACUACUACCGCUGCAGUUCUAAUUCAGCUCGUGGGUUCAGUUUCAAAACCCCACCAUCCAAUCUUCCUAUCAAAUUCACUGUUACUGGUGAUCUUGGACAAACUGGUUGGACCCAAUCAACCCUAGAGCACAUAUCCAAAUCAGAGUAUGAUAUAUUACUUUUACCUGGAGACUUAUCAUAUGCCGAUAUGGUUCAACCUUUAUGGGACUCAUUUGGCCGUCUGGUGGAGCCAUUGGCUAGCCAGAGGCCAUGGAUGGUAACACAAGGCAACCAUGAAGUCGAGAAAAUCCCAUUUCUACAUAGCACCAAAUUCACUGCCUACAAUUCAAGAUGGCAUAUGCCAUUUCAAGAAAGUGGGUCCAGUUCAAACCUAUACUAUUCGUUCAAUGCAGCCGGUGGUACAGUACAUGUGAUUAUGUUAGGGUCAUAUGCAGAUUUCAAUCCAAGUUCUGAUCAGUACAAGUGGUUGCAGAAGGAUUUAGGGAAGAUUGAAAGGGCAAAAACUCCUUGGGUGUUUGUGUUAAUUCAUGCACCUUGGUAUAAUUCUAAUUCUGCUCAUCAAGGUGAAGCUGAGUCUGUUCAUAUGAGGGAUUUUAUGGAGAAGUUAAUUUAUCAAGCUCGUGUUGAUGUCGUUUUUGCUGGCCAUGUGCAUGCAUAUGAGCGAUUUGUAAGCCCUCUCCUUCCCUUUUUCUGUUUUUUUUUUUUAGUCAUUGACAUAUUUUCUAUUUUAUUUAAUCAUAUCAUAUUAUAUUGUCAAGAAAAUAUUCUAAAUUUCUUUUAAAUAUAUAGA